UCGAAGCGCCCCAUUGCCAUCGCCAGCCCGCCCGCCACGAUGCCGCGCAACCUGGCCAGGCUGCGCUUCAGGGCGCCCAAGCCGCUGCGGCCGCUCAACAUCGCCCGCAUCCAGCCCGAAGACCACACCACCCUGCACCAGAGGCUCCGCGCGCAUGCCGCGGACCUCUCCAAGCCCCAGACGCCCCUGAGCCUGCACGUCGUCGUCAAUCCGAAGUGGAAGCAGCAGCCCGGCAAGAAGCCGUUUCGCAUGUCGUACAAGCCGCACACCGUCAGAGACCUGGUCGACCCGGAGGCUGCGGCGAAGCACGGUCAGAUCAUCUACGUCUUCGCAAACAUCAAGACGAACCAGGUCAUCUACUCGCUGAACGAGCUGCUCGAUCAAUACCAUCUCGACCAGCUGCCCUUCAUCGGAAAACACUCAAAGCCAGCCACCAUCCGACCCGACGAAUGGAAACCUCAUUGCGUCAUCACCUUCCCCGUCGCCGAGCAAGGUCUCCAGGCUUUCCGCAAGCUUCGUGAGUUCCGCCACCUGCAUGAGACAUCCUGGGACAAGACGAACCCAGAAUGGAUCAGGUUGACACCCCACCAAAGAAUGCGAAAGAUCAUGGACCAAGUCGCAAACACCAGUGCAGAUCUUGCAGAGGUCCUGAGCAGCCAGCAGCAACAGUCAGUCGAGAUGCGGAAGAAGGCUGUAGAGCACGAAAAGAAGUCACUCCGCCUGAUGAAGACGAUGUGGGCCGAGGCUGAGGCCCUUGCCAAGGACGACAGGGACGCCAGCAAUCCCAAAUGGCUGGAGCAGCAGAUCAGGAACAUCGACUGGCAGUUUGGGACUAAACGCAACCGCGACGAGGCAGACACGAAGCGGCUUCAGGCUGCCAAGGAGGGCCACGAGGUCCGCUUGCGACGGGUUCUGCGGGCACGGAAGUACAUGGCAAAGCUGAAAGAAGUCGAGGACACCGCAGAAUUUAGGAAGAUGCAGGAGGAAUACGCUUCAAAAGCUGCACCGGCCACCGGCGUCGACGUCGAGGCGAAGCUGAAGACAUUGCGAAGGGAGCUCGCGCUCGAACGGGACUUGACAAAGGUUUUGCAUCGAUCACAAGAGGACGCUGCGGAAACAAUGGGUGCAAAGGAGGCCGAGAUUACCCAGUUGGAGGACGCUCUCAUCGCCACUUUGCAAGCCGACGCACGAGACCAUCCUAUAACUCGCUCCAUCCUACCCACCAGUUUCAAGAAACAACAUCCGCAGCCCUUCACCAUGGACGUAGAGAUCAAGUGGGCCGAUCUGCGCGAUGCCGAGUGCGCCCUGGGCAAGUGGCCUGCUCCGGUCGUUCACGACACUCUUGUCUUACGGAGUUCAAGGCAAGACGUCGAAUUCUUGAACCCGGAACAGUACAAGGUUACCGUCACGGAUGAUGUUCAGGCAAUGCUCAAGAGCCUAGAGAAGCAGGCUUUGGAGGCACAAGGGUUGUAUGAGGAGCCUGUAGCAGCAUCGGAAACGGACAAGACAGGAGUGUGGAAAUACGUUCCAGAGGUGAAGAAUCCGUUCAAGCGCGCUGAAGCUUAAAGCGUCGUGUGUAAAGACCAUGUUAGUGUAUGUACUAUAUUCCCCGACCGGGUAGGCGGUGUACAAUUCAUGUAGAUUUCAAUCUGGAUACAAACAAUGGCGGCUUCGUUCAAAACGCAUGUCGCACAUGGAGCAUAG